AGAAGAUGGCAGCCACUGGAAUUGCUUACCUGAUUACAGAGAAUGCAUAUAACGGUUCCAGUGAGCUAUGAUCGUGGAGUCACCAUUUAAAAAGAUUUAUAUUCUUCUCAUCCUGCCUUUUUUAAGCACUUGCUGUGAAUAGCAUUCUGUUACAGUCUGGCUGCGUCUGCACUUUGUACCAGAACAUGACUGUCAGGCAGCAAGCAGCCCAGGUCUGUCUGCGCUGAGGUCCAGCAGCAGGGCACAGACAGGCUCACCUUCAGCCUAUGCUGCACUACCACGCAGGUUCUGAUCUCUCCCACAGCCACAGCUGCAUUCAUCCUGCAAGGAAGCAGCAGCUCCCCUCAGCCAGUGUGCGAUGAGUUCUCCCUGAGAGCUCACGGACUGAGCUGGGUCACGCAAUGUCCGUUGCUGAGGAGGCAGGUGGCGGGCAUACCAUGCAUCAUAGCACCAUCUGGAUCUUAAGACAGUCAACUUCAAGUAAUUAAUGCUGAUGCAUUAACAGUUUCCACCGUAACUGGACGAAAGCCCGGGGGAAGGGGGAAAAGGCAGCAGGACGUCCCUCCGCAAGCAGCUAGACAAGGCUCUGAGGCCUCCGCCCUCCCUUCCUCAUUGCCAAGCAACGGCCGCCGUCCCUUCCUUCCUCCGGCCCCAGCAGCCGGCCCCGCCGCUUCCCGCUCACUCGAGCGCGUGCAGCUGCGGGCGGAACGGCCCUGAAAGGGGCUGAAGCUGGCAGAGGUUAUUAAAGAAUGGGCCAAAAAUGGAGAGCUCAGAGAAUGCAGGCAAAACUCUCCUAGAUGAUGAGGUGAGCAUUCAUCCAGACAUGUGUUUGUAUAGCUAGUAAGAUGGAAACGUUGGCAGAUGAUAAUGCAAGUGAAACCUUGAAGCCUUUGGUGUUCCGUCUCCAUGAAAAUGCCCCUGCAAUAAUCCGUGAGGUUUUACUGGAACGUGGUUGGACUGAAUUUGACCGAAAGGAGCAAGACGACACAGACUGGAACUUGUACUGGCGGAACUCACCUUUUCCUAUGGCAGACCACCACAGUAUUAAACCAUGGCAGAGACUCAACCACUAUCCAGAAGCUGUCAGGAUCACCAGAAAAGACUAUUUGGCAAGGCAUCUGAAACGUAUGAAAGGAGCAUAUGGAUCAACACUGUAUGAAUUUAGUCCAGUAGCAUUCAUCAUGCCCAAUGACUAUGUCAAAUUUAUAGCAGAAUACAGCAAAGAGAGACAGACAGUAGGCAGACCUAGCUACUGGAUUUGCAAACCUGUGCAUCUCUCACGUGGAAGGGGCAUACUCAUUUUCCAAGACAUUGAAGACUUAGUAUAUCACUGUACAGUCAUUGUGCAGAAGUACAUUAGCAACCCCUUGCUCAUUUCAGGAUAUAAAUUGGAUCUUCGCCUUUAUGUGUGUGUCACCAGUUUUUGCCCACUCACAAUUUACACUUAUGAAGAGGGACUGGUGAGGUUUGCCACUGAGAAGUUUGACCUCAGUUCUCUAGACAAUGUCUACGCCCACCUAACAAACACCAGCAUCAACAAAUACGGAGCUUCAUAUAAAACAUUUAAAGAAGGGAUUGGCUGUGGUUGCAAGUGGACGUUCAGCAAAUUCCGUUCUUACCUUCGAAUUUUUGGGGUUGAUGACAUGCUACUGUGGCAAAAGAUGAAUAACAUUGUGAUUCUCACCCUGCUUGCAGUCACUCCCUUACCAGAGGCUUCCAAUUGCUUUGAACUCUUUGGCUUUGACAUCCUGAUUGAUGACAAGUUCAAGCCGUGGCUUUUAGAAGUGAACUACAAUCCAGCUUUGUGUUUAGACUGCUCCAUUGAUGACACUGUGAAAAGAAAACUUCUUCAUGAUAUUGUUGAACUGCUUAACUACAAGCAGGUUGACACUCACAGGCAGAAUGAAAGGCCUGGGUCAAAAGCUGUUAGAAGGCAGAUGCACUGGAGAAGAGCUGGUCAAAGCACCCCAGAAGAGGCUCCUGGCUUACUUUCUGGUCAAAAAGUAUCUACUUGUAUUUCUGCUCCUCAAACACAACCUGCCCUGCAAUUUGGAAGAGGAUCAAUUCAUAAGGCGUCUUCCCUGACCAGGAAAAGUGCCAGAGCACAUCCAAGGGAAACACUGACUUCUCAGCUGCGGGAAAAGAUGAAUAAGCCAAAAACAUCCUCUCAAGUAAAAAUUGAAGCUAAAAACAAACAACUCCCAGCUGUACAUCCGCCAUUCAUUUCUUCACAACUCAGCCGGUGGUCACCUUCACCUGAAAUCUGCAACUACAAGUUAAGCACACGCCCCUAUUUCCUCUCUGACAAAGAUCAGAUGCCUACCCGCCAGGUAGGAGGUUUUGUGCUUAUUUUUCCUUUCAAUGAAGCUGCACUUCAAGCUUCCAAGGACAGCACAGAUGUAAAGAGCAUCAUAAAGGAAAUAAACAAGUUAGUGAGCAAACAAAAUAGCGCAAGACAAAAAAAGACAUGAUAUGUAUAACUUCAUAAUUUAAAGUCAUGCAGACAUCAUGAAUGACACCGUUAGCUUGAAGGUAUGUGGGCAGUGUACUGAAGCUGUAUUAGGAGGAAAUAUUUCAAAGCAUACACAAUGUAAAAAUUGUGAUUUAGCAAUUACCAUGAGAGAUUAUUUUUGAAAAUGAAAGUGCUGAAUAACUCUUACAAGUAAUCUCAAAAUAAAAAUGGAGAAUUGCAUUUCUCAGAA